CAAGCGCAAUGCGAGAUGCUACUGGUUUUAGAAUGUCUAUCCCGUGUAAAAUCCGUCUGUGGCAGGUGGAAGUGGCAGGUGGAAAUGGCAUGCGCAAAAGUGCCUUUAGAUGAACUGCAUGUAACUGAGGCCUCUGGACCACAAAGCAGAGAACGCACCUUACCAGCACUGCAUCCUGACCGUAAAGAGGAGAGAUGUUUCUUAACUUAUAAACCUCCACCUGAAGAUGGCACACCUGCGCUAGUGGAGGAGUUCCUUGAGCUUGGUCAGUUCAUGUCUGAGGACCUGGAGUGGUUGCUUGCAUUACCUCAUGACAAGUUCUGGUGUCAGGUGGUAUUUGAUGAAUCAUUACAGAUGUUUUUGGAAUCUUAUUUGAGAGACACUCCCCGUGGUCUGGACCCGUCUGGUCUCUCAUGCACCUCAGCUGUAGCCGACAUGCAGAGGAACAUUCACCGCUCUGUUUUCAUGAUCUUCCUCAGGAUGGAUACACACAAAGAAACUAAGGAAAACUUUAUAACUCCUGCAGUAUUUGCAGAGAUUAUUUACAAUAACUACUUAUUUGACAUUCCCAAAAUCCUGGAUCUUUGUGUGCUGUUUGGGAAAGGAAAUUCACAACUGCUUCAUAAAAUGAUCGAGAACAUUUUCUCAUAACAGCCCAGUUAUUAUGGAGACCUAAAUGAGACUAUACCGUCCAUAAUCCACGUGUUCGAUACCAUUUUACAGAAUUGUGGAAUUCAAUUAGAGGCAGGUGCAAGUCAACCCCUCAAACUGAAUGCAAACAAAUGCUCAACUGCCGUGACCAUGCCAGAAGAGGAGCUUGCAGACCUGGUGUUUUACAUGUGUGACACCUGCACCUCUAUCCACUCUUUCUUGGACAUCUUCCCUAAGGCUUGUUCUACCUUUAAACAGCACAAUAUUCUUAACAGAUUAUCAUCAUUCUAUGAGAUGGCCAUUCCAGACCUGGAGAAAGCAGUGAAGAAGAGAAAUUUCAAUAAAUGUUUGCAGGAGGACAUGUGGGAACGAGUGUCUCAUUCCAGAAAGAAAAUAGUGGAAAUCACUUAUCUGCUGCUCCAGAACACAUGUUUACAGCCCAUAUUGGAGGGCUCUGAAAACAUGCCAUCCUUUGUAGAAGAUCUUCUACAGACCUUCACAGCUUUCCUUCAAGAGAAAAGAUUCCUGGCAGAUUAUGAUGAACAGUUUCCUAUAGCUGAUGACAUCAGUCUCCUUCAGCAGGCCUUUCCUCAUUUAGAUGACACUAGGACAUCCUACCUCUUGAAAGGAGUUGAGUCUGCCUGGGAGAGUGUGGGGAAGAAGAAAAGCUUACCCUCUGCAAUCUCAUCAGCCAAUCACAGAGCAGGGGCCAAAAGUAAGUCUGGCCAAGAUGAGGGAGCUUCCCAGAAGGUAGAAGAAGGAGCAAUGGGAGAAGAGUUGAGAGGAGAGGAAGCUAUCCCUGACAUUCCUCGUAAGGGAGAAAAUGGGUCCGUGUGCACAGUGAGUGCUGGAGAAUUGGAGUCUCUGUUGUCUCAUAUUCGAGAGCUGCUCCCAGAUUUGGGAGAGGGUUUCAUAAUGGCAUGUUUGGAGGAGUACAGAUACAACUCUGAACUUGUCAUCAACAAUGUCCUGGACGACAAACUGUCUCCAUCACUUGUCAAACUGGACAGGGCAAUGGCCAGGCCUUUGAAGGAGCCUCUUUCAGUUUUAAGCUCCAGAUCAAAUGUGUUUGACGAUGACGAGUUUGAUGUGUUUAACCGUGACCAACUGGACAUGAGUCGUGUAUGGAAAGGCCGGAGACAGGGGGAAAGUGUGCAUGCCACUCUCAAUGACAAAGAGCACAUUGAAGAGCAGAGAGCGAGAUAUCAAUCAUACCAGACAGUGGUGGAAGAGAUUCCCAUCGCGACAGACCCCUCUAGGAACCCUGAUAAUAUUUUCGCCAUGGACAAUUACGAUGACGAAUAUGAUGACACAUAUGAUGUCAACCAAAUAGGAGCCAAUGAUCUGGAUGAGGAGGAUGAGUUGUUGAACCGCAGGCCUUUCACAAUCCCACAAGUGCUCAGAACUGGCAAACAGGCUCAGGCAGUAGAGGAAGAGGAAGACGAGGAAGAGUACAAGAAUGAAGCCAUGAAGAGGGAUCACUUCAUCCAGGACCCUGCUGUUCUAAGAGAGAGAGCAGAGGCCAGAAGAGCUGCCAUGCACAGCAGAAAAAGCUACAGACCUCCUCCACAAAGUCAUGUGGUAGGUGGUCCAAAGGGGCAGGGCCAGGCACAGGAGACUGUCUUGGACAGGCGCAGGAAAGAGAUGAACAAGAGCCGAGGUGCCAAUCAUAAUCGCAGGACGAUGGCUGACAGGAAGAGGAACAAGGGCAUGAUCCCUUCCUGAUACAC